AUGCCAGACAUGUACACUUUCCAGAGCCCAAAUUCGGCUAUAAAAUCAGAGAAUGGAUCUACACCUCGAUUCACGCCAAACAUCCUUCCCUGCCGAAUUCACCAUGAUGGCCCAAUCGACUCCACGGACCGGUUCUGGACGCCCUUGACAGACGCGAAAGGUACAUACACCUCUACCUAUACAGACGAUUCUCUUAUAUGCAAUGGAAUCCUUAUUGAUCUUGUCAAUCUAGAUAACACCCAUUCAUCAUACUUCCGCGGCCGCAAACUUCGAGGCCGUCGCGUCGCGAUCCCAGAGGGAUACACAGGAAUUGUCGCGACACCCACAGAGCGCGUCUCCCAACAACCAGUCAAGAACUCAUCGGCAGAAGACGAUGUAGCAGAGCUUGAAGAGCCCGCCAAGGUACUCGAGAUGCAGGGUGGGUUCGAUGAUAUAAUGGUCUGGGGACAUGAGGUUCUUCCUGCGGCAGAUGAUCCCUAUGUUAAGGGCAUUGAGGAGUGGGUGCGGUUUGCUGAGACGGUAUGUACAUCUGCUUGUUCUUAA